AACACACGCACGGACGCGCGGCACCAAUGUUCUGACGACAAAACUUGUUUUUUUCCCCUCCUUGACAUCUUUUUUUGUUGACUUUUCUCUCAGGAGGAGCAACAGCUGGAGGGAGGACUUUUUUAAAGGUGUGCACACACACAACAAAAACAAAAAAAACAUCCAAAAAAGAUGUAGCCGCCAGUGCGCACCUUACGUACUUUCUUCCCCGUCAUCUUCAUCACAUCGGCUGGAUGUAAGGACGAGCUGCCUCCUGACGCGCACACGCACGACGCGCGCGCACCAAGCAGGCGAUGUGAAGAACGAGAAGACGUGCACACUUUUGUUUGAAACACUUGACACCUGGUACUCUGGGCCAGUCAGCAGCAGGAUCAGGAUGAGAAGAUGGCUGGCUGUGUGUUUCCAAUGGGACCAGAGAGCUUUCAGCGCUUCACGCCGGACUCCCUGGCGGCCAUCGAGCAGCGCAUCGCCAAGGAGGAGGCCCGACGCAACAAACACUACCAGGAGGACCUUGGCGACGUGGAGGUCCCUCGGCCCCGGCCUGACCUGGAGGCGGGAAAGCAGCUGCCGCGCAUUUUCGCCGACAUCCCUUCUCACCUGGUGGGCGUCCCCCUGGAGGACAUCGACCCGUACUACUUCAGAGAUCAGAGGACCUUCAUAGUGCUGAACAAAGGCAAGGCCAUCUUUCGCUUCAGUGCCACAUCUGCCCUCUACUUCUUCAGCCCCUUCCAUCCUAUACGCACCCUGGCCAUCAAGAUCCUGGUCCACUCGUUGUUCAGUUUGUUCAUCAUGUGCACCAUCCUUACCAACUGCUGCUUCAUGGCCAUGUCAGAACCCGCCUACUGGGCCAAAUAUCUGGAGUACACCUUCACAGGUAUCUACACCUUUGAGUCUCUCAUCAAGAUCUUGGCAAGGGGCUUCUGUGUGGGACCCUUCACCUUUCUGAGGGACCCCUGGAACUGGCUCGACUUCAGCGUCAUCGUCAUGGCAUAUGUGACUGAGUUUGUCGACCUGGGUAAUGUCUCGGCCUUGCGGACGUUCAGGGUGCUGCGAGCGCUCAAAACCAUCUCAGUCAUCCCAGGGCUGAAGACCAUCGUGGGCGCUCUAAUCCAAUCAGUAAAGAAGCUCGCUGACGUGAUGAUCCUCACUGUCUUCUGCUUGAGUGUCUUCGCCCUCAUCGGCCUGCAGCUCUUCAUGGGGAAUCUUCGGCAGAAGUGUGUGCGCAGCACGGCGCACUGCGUCAACGACAGUCUGCCCGCCAACACGUCCUUCUUCUGCAACAACAAGACAUGGACCUCCAUGCGCCACUUUGUCAGCGACGAGGACAACUUCUACAAGGUGGAAGGAGCAAAGGACGCUUUAAUCUGCGGGAACAGCAGCGAUGCAGGAAAGUGUCCAGAUGGUUUUGAGUGCCUGAAAGCGGGACGGAACCCCAACUAUGGAUAUACCAGUUUUGACACUUUUGGCUGGGCCUUCCUCUCGCUGUUCCGCCUGAUGACACAAGACUACUGGGAGAACCUCUACCACCAGACGCUGCGCUCAGCCGGUAAGACCUACAUGGUGUUCUUUGUGGUGGUCAUCUUCCUGGGCUCCUUCUAUCUGGUCAACCUCAUCCUGGCUGUGGUCGCCAUGGCGUACGAGGAGCAGAACCAGGCCACCAUUGCCGAGGCCUGCCAGAAGGAGCGCGAGUUCCAGCUUGCAGUGGAGCGUCUGAAGAAAGAGCAGCAGGCGGCGGCGCAAAAAGCCCUCGACUCGGACUCCAUCAUGUCACCAGAAGUGUCACCCUUUGGACCCCCGCUGGACAUCAUUGAGGAGCGGAGGCGGAGUCAGGCGCUGGUGGGAGUGGCUGACGUGGAAGCAAACCUAUCGGAGGAGAAGCUGCUGCAGGUGGACGUGACAGAAGCCGGGAAGCCCCUCCACCCGCUGCUGGCUCGAUCCUUCUCCACUAGAACACGGAGGAGCAGUCAGGUGUCGUCCAUUUUCAACUUCCGCCUCAGGAGCCGUGGCUCGGAGGCAGAGAUGGCCGACGACGAGUACAGCGUUCCUGGCGAUGUGAUUGAGGGUGUCGGGGGACGGACGUACAGUGGCGGGACCUUCAGUGGCAUUCUGCCACAGCCAUGGCCCAAACGACGACCCAGCACUUACAGCACCGCCAGCAGGAGCUCACAGGUAUUUUAUCCCACUCUGAACAUCAACGGGAAGCUUUUUGUUGCCAUGGACCACAACGGGGUCUCACCACCACCACUGCAGGGGCAACUGCCUGCCUGCACCAUGGAGAAGGUCAAGGAGGAGAGUGUUCCCACCUCCACCACAGAGCUCAGCAUCGUGCUGCUUCCGCGGCCUUCAUCCACGCACGGCUCUGAGCAGCGGGGGAGGGCGUUGAGCGCCGCGAGCCACCUCACGGACGCCAUGGAGGAACUGGAGGAGGCCCACAAGAAAUGUCACCCAUGCUGGUACGUUUUCGCCCACCGUCACCUGGUGUGGGAGUGCUCCCCCUCCUGGCUUAAGCUGAAGCGGCUGGUGAAGAUCAUGGUAAUGGACCCCUUCCUGGACCUGGCCAUCACCGUGUGCAUCGUCCUCAACACGCUCUUCAUGGCCAUGGAACACUACCCCAUGACUGAUGAGUUCAACGGCAUGCUGAGCAUCGGAAACCUGGUGUUCUCAGGAAUCUUCACGGCAGAGAUGGUUCUGAAGAUUAUCGCUCUGGAUCCAUACUACUACUUUCAAACGGGCUGGAACAUCUUCGACAGCAUCAUCGUGUGUCUCAGCCUCAUGGAGCUCGGCCUGUCCGACGUGGAGGGCCUCAGCGUGCUGCGCUCCUUUCGCCUGCUGCGUGUUUUCAAGCUGGCUCGCUCAUGGCCCACCCUUAACACCCUCAUCAAGAUCAUUGGGAACUCCAUGGGUGCUCUGGGCAACCUCACGCUGGUCCUCGCUAUCAUCGUCUUCAUCUUCGCCGUGGUCGGCAUGCAGCUCUUUGGAAAGAACUACCAGGACUGCGUGUGCAAGAUCUCCAAAGACUGCAAUCUUCCUCGCUGGCACAUGAAGGACUUCUUCCACUCCUUCCUCAUCGUCUUCAGGGUGUUGUGCGGCGAGUGGAUUGAGACCAUGUGGGACUGCAUGGAGGUCGCAGGUCAGCCGCUGUGCAUCCUCGUCUUCAUGUUGGUCAUGGUCAUCGGAAACCUGGUGCUGUUGAACCUCUUCCUGGCGCUGCUCCUCAGCAGCUUCAGCUCUGAUAACCUGUCGGCGCCCGACGACGACGGCGAGAUGAACAACCUGCAGAUCGCCAUCCAUCGGAUAACCAGAGGCUUGGGCUGGUGCCGCAGACAGGUGGUGGACUUCUUCAACGGAAACCUCAAGCGGCGGCGCCAGAAGCGAAAGGAGGCCAAAGCCAUGAUGAAGCUCAAACGUCUGAGCAGCAUCCACACGGAAGCAAACGGCGCUGUCAUAGGUAGCGCACCCCCAUCUGACGACGAGCUCCGCCCGCACGCCGUGCUCCUUAACCACAUGCACCUUCCAGGCCGCCACGUGGAGAAGUACGUGGUGUCGGAGGACGACAGCUACAUGACCAACCCCAACCUGACCAUCAGCGUUCCCAUCGCCCCCGGAGAGUCGGACGUGGAGUUCCCCGACGAGGACGAGGAGGACGAGGAGGAGGAGGUGGGCCAUGACGACCAGAGUGAGGACUCUGAGGAAGAGGAGGGUGACCAGCAUCAGCAGAAAGAUGACAUCAGCCUGUCGGAGGGCAGCACGGUUGACCUGAGGAAGCCCGGAGAGGAGGAAGACGAGUACUCUGAGAUGGCCGAAGAGGCGAUGGACCCCGAGAACUGCUUCCCCGACAUGUGUGUGUCCAGGUUCCACUGUUGCGACGUGGACACGACGGCGGGGCUCGGGCAGGUGUGGUGGAGGAUGAGGAAGACGUGCUAUCAGAUUGUGGAGCACAGCUGGUUCGAGACCUUCAUCAUCUUCAUGAUCCUCCUCAGCUCGGGCGCUCUGGCCUUUGAGGACAUCUACAUCGAGCAGAGGAAGGUGGUCAAGGUGGUGCUGGAGUACGCUGACAAGAUCUUCACGUACAUCUUCAUCUUGGAGAUGAUGCUCAAAUGGUUGGCGUACGGUUUCAAGAAGUACUUUACCAACUACUGGUGCUGGCUGGACUUCCUCAUUGUGGACGUAAGUUGCCGCUCGCCAUCUUCUAAUUGGCCGGCGCCAAGUGUCUCACCUGUCCGUCUCCUGCAGGUGUCGCUGGUCAGCCUGGUGGCCAACACGCUGGGUUAUUCUGAUUUUGCCGCCAUCAAAUCGCUGCGGACUCUGCGUGCACUUCGACCCCUCAGAGCGCUCUCCAGGUUCGAAGGCAUGAGGGUGGUGGUCAACGCACUGAUCGGCGCCAUCCCGUCCAUCAUGAACGUGCUGCUGGUCUGCCUCAUCUUCUGGCUCAUCUUCAGCAUCAUGGGCGUCAACCUGUUCGCAGGGAAGUUCGGACGCUGCGUCAACAGGACGGGACACAUUUACGACGCCGGAUUCAUCAACAACAAAUCAGAGUGCGAGGCGCUCAACGACACGUCGCUCUACUACUGGACCAAGGUCAAGGUCAACUUCGACAACGUGGGCGCCGGGUACUUGGCACUCCUCCAAGUGGCCACCUUCAAGGGCUGGAUGGAGAUCAUGUACGCUGCGGUGGACUCGCGAGCCGUGGAGGAGCAGCCCAUCAAGGAGAUCAACCUGUACAUGUAUCUCUAUUUUGUCAUCUUUAUCAUCUUCGGCUCCUUUUUCACCCUCAACCUCUUCAUCGGAGUCAUCAUCGACAACUUCAACCAGCAGAAAAGAAAGUUAGGAGGGCAGGACAUCUUCAUGACCGAGGAACAGAAGAAGUACUACAACGCCAUGAAGAAACUGGGUUCCAAAAAACCCCAGAAACCCAUCCCCAGACCGCUGAACGAUGUGCAGGGCUUCUUCUUCGACCUGGUGGGCAAGCAGGCCUUCGACAUCAUCAUCAUGGUGAUGAUCCUCCUCAACAUGAUCACCAUGAUGGUGGAGACGGACGAGCAGCCGCCGCAGAUGGAGCACAUCCUCAACAACAUCAACCUGGCCUUCAUCGUGGUCUUCACCGCCGAGUGCAUGGUGAAGAUCGUGGCGCUCAGGUGCUACUUCUUCACCGUGGGCUGGAACAUCUUCGACUUCGUGGUGGUCAUUCUGUCCAUCGUCGGCAUCGUGCUGGCCGACAUCAUCGAGAAGUACUUCGUGUCGCCGACACUCUUCCGGGUGAUCCGACUGGCCCGCAUCGGGCGCAUCCUGCGUCUUAUCCGAGGCGCCAAGGGCAUCCGGACGCUGCUGUUCGCCCUCAUGAUGUCGCUGCCGGCCCUCUUCAACAUCGGGUUGCUCCUCUUCCUCGUCAUGUUCAUCUACGCCAUCUUUGGCAUGGCCAACUUCGCCUACGUCAAGCGACAGGCGGGCAUCGACGACAUGUUCAACUUCGAGACGUUCGGGAACAGCAUGAUCUGCUUGUUCCAGAUCACCACGUCAGCCGGCUGGGACAGUCUGCUCAGUCCCAUCCUCAACAACUCUCCCGAGGAGUGCAACCCCAACAUCCCGCACACGGGGACCACCCAGCGCGGCAACUGCGGGAACCCGUCGGUGGGCAUCACCUUCUUCGUCACCUACAUCAUCAUCUCCUUCCUCAUCGUGGUCAACAUGUACAUCGCCAUCAUCCUGGAGAACUUCAGCGUGGCCACGGAGGAGAGCACCGAGCCGCUGAGCGAGGAUGACUUUGAGAUGUUCUACGAGGUCUGGGAGAAGUUCGAUCCCGAGGCCACGCAGUUCAUCGAGUACGCCAAACUGUCUGACUUUGCCGACUCGCUGUCGGAGCCGCUGCGCAUUGGGAAGCCCAACAAGAUUAAGCUGAUCUCCAUGGACCUGCCCAUGGUGAGUGGGGACAAGAUCCACUGCUUGGACAUCCUCUUCGCCUUCACCAAGCGCGUGCUGGGUGAGUCGGGCGAGAUGGACGCCCUCAAGCAGCAGAUGGAGGAGAAGUUCAUGAUGGCCAACCCGUCCAAGAUCUCCUACGAGCCCAUCACCACCACGCUCAGACGCAAGCAGGAGGAUGUCUCGGCCGCCGUCAUCCAGCGCUGCUACCGCAGACAUCUGAUCAGGCGGCAGAUGAAGGCCGCCUCCUUCUUGUAUCGCCAGAUCACCACUCCUCGCCACGCACGGGCCAACGGCGAGGACGACGGCGCCGAGGAGGAGGCGGAGUCGAGGGAGGAGGCGCCGGAGAAAGAAGGGCUGAUCGCCACCAUGAUCAGAGAGAACUACGGCUCCGGGCUGAUCGGGAUGGAGCGCUCCGAGACCGUCUCCUCCACCUCGUCGCCCCCCUCGUACAACAGCGUGACGCGAGCCACGCCGGACAUCUUUCAUCCGCUCGCUGCUAAGAUGGAAGCCAGCGGCAGCGAGCCGAGCGAACACUCGCGGACGGCGGGCGACGCAGUGAGAGAGAUACCGUAGACACAAGAAGCAAAAAAUGUUCUGAACGACAACUUCCUGCUUUUGUUCACUGAAUGUACGGCGGCCUCGUAGUGAGUACCAAUUUACUACCUGGAACGAUACCUCCUGCCCCCUGUGGCAACUCCUGGAACUGCAGGAGUUUCUUCAAGAACAAAAUCUGUCAACUCCGCCUUUUCUCGUGUGGACCUAAAGUUCGAUCCACCUCUGACUCCCACCCACUAUAUCGCCGAUGUAUCCGUCAUUUAUCCGCCGAGAGCAGCGUUAGCGACGUUAGCUAACUCGUCCGCUCGAGUGUUUGCGCCUGCCGCGGGGAGACCACAUGAGGAUAGCGGAUAUUUUGGUAGUAAAAGUUUAACUUUGUUGACGAGUCUUUUAAUAGCUGUACAAUGAUUACUAUUUUUUAUAUUUUUUAGAGUAAGUUGAAAACAAACUUUGCAGUUUGCCUCUUUGCUGCUGCGAUGUUUGAACGGACAAGAGGAAGACAUCUUUUUCUUUUCUAGUUGUGCACUUUUUACGUCACCGGGAAAAAAAACUCUUGGCAUCGUCACAUAUUUAAAAAAAAAAAAAGCUCAAAGAUGAAAUAGUUUUUGGCUUUUGUUCUCAUGGUCACUUUCCUGUUGUUAACCUUCGUCGUGGUGUUAGCGCAAGCUGCCGCAUACGUUGAACCAAAAUAGACGAGAGUGCGGACGAGAAGGUGACAAUCAGCAACAUUAGUUCUUUGGAAUUGCACGCCUGGAAAAACCUGUUAACAGACAUUCAUUAGUCAUGACCGCGCUUAUUGUUGUUCUCUAUUCAGCUACAUAAGGAAGCUUGUUCGUCGGGACAAAGUAGAGGCCUAGACUUCAAACGUUGAAAUCGAAAGCAUGACGCAGGUUUUUCCGGCUUUUUCCACUUCCUCUUUCCCGAGCUAAAGUUUCAUUCCACGACAAAUAACUCUAUUUGCACACAAGACAUCGAGUUCCUCCCAAAGAAAGGUUAAUUAAUCAUCAAUUGAAUGCAUUUGUCUUAUGUAUUUAUUUAUUUAUUUAUGCGUACGUUUCCUGCUCCGUUUUAUACGAAGAUACGGACAUGAUGCGCAUUUUUUUUGCACAGAGACAAAAAAACAAACAAGCGUGUGCAGCAAUAACGGUUAGUCGAGACCUCCGGAAGUCGACAUUUGAGAACAACAACACCUUUCUACCUUCCAGGGUCUUGUCACUGUACGGUGAAACAGGAAAUGCACAAACGCGCUGGCGCCUUGACUGCCAGUGUUGGCUCUUCUUUGUGUCAAAGUGGUUCUGUUGUCCCGCCCGCCUGAGGGGUCUAAAAAAAAAAAAAAAAAAAAAGGAAAACAGCGCCACCUGGACUUUUAUUUCUACUGUUGAAAGUAGAAGGUUCUUGGGUGUAAAUAGUGGACAGGUGAGCGCUGUGAGCUGAAGGGCUGUUUUCAACUAGCAAUAGACCGCGAGUGUGCCUGCCACAACAACACUCCACGCCAUUGGUUGGCUGCUCAUGUGACCGCCUGAUGAGCGUCUGUCAUCACUUUGCUUUGUGUUCAUUUAAACAGGAAGUUAACAGUCCCCGCCAUCCCUGUGACCCCGCUUCUGAGCUGGCUAGCCCCAAAAACAUGUGGUGUAAAACGUGUAAGUGUGUUGCAGCUCCCCUGCUGGCAGCAAGUUGUUACUGCGUGUUAAACACAACCUGAUUGCAUAUUAAAUAUGAAUACAAUAAAUAAAUAUAGAUUCAUAAAUAUUACUUUAUGUCAUGUCCUCAAACUAGCCUUUUCGUGAACAAAACAUUUAAAAGAAUCCAAGGAGGAGAAAAACCGUUUAAGCACAUUUUUAUUCGUCAGCCAAUAGGAAAGCUUUAAAGUGUCAGCAGCCCCGCCUCCAACACGGUUGAUUGACAGCUCUCACUUAAGGAAGCUUCCAUCGUGUUUGUGCUGGCUGACGGCCCAUUUGGUGCUAGACCUCCAUUUCCCUGCUUCAAAAUUAAAGUUUUAGUACUACUUCUGUCCAGUAGGUGGCGGUCAGGCGCCUAUUGUCGCCGAUGAACCCAAAAGAAGAGCUCGAAUUGAACGCAAUACAACCGCCAUGUGUUAAAAUGGACGAUAAUUUGACUUUAUCAUUACCACUUGGUGUCAGCGUGGUUUGUGAGCUUCAUAUCAGCGAUGUGGAGAACCUCAUAUCUCCAGAAAGUUGCCUUGUCGGUGACAGAGGGGUGUUGUCUGUCAGUAAAUGGGGGGGCGGAGUCUUCUAUCCUGACGCCAUCUUGUGUCGCCGCUGUAUUUUUGUUUGUUUGUUUGUUUUUGCCCGUUUUAGACGUUUUUAACGCCAAGUCACUCAAAAAAAGGUUCCGGAAAGCCUAACUGGAUGCGAGUUACUUCCGAUCUUUUGCCAGUAAAAUGUUUGAUGGAGAAAGUUGUGCCUCAGUGACCCGCCCCCUCGUUUCCCCAGGUGUUUUAGAGACAAUAAUUAUGAUGAUGAUUACGAUAUAUAAACUUUUUAGUACUUUGAGUUGUAAUACUCUUUAGUAUUUUGCAAAUAAAUGUCUGUAUUUAAAAGGAAAAAACCCUGCUGUAAUAAACCAGACACAAACGUACCAUUCG